UGGGUGGUGCCAGAGUGAAAAAGAGCGGUAAGUGGCAAUUGCAGCAAUGCCGUCACCGAUGAAUAGAGGCUACUAGUAUCUGACUGAGAUCGGCCGCCAACUUGGUCGGCUUGAGAGAAGACAUUAACGGUUGUUUUCCCUACAACAAUGAGGCGUAGUUCAAGUACCAGUCGAAUCAGCUGCCGGCAAUCCAGCCAGGCACUGAGGGUGCAGGAUACUAAUAAAACGGGACUUCAUACACCCAAAGGGCAAGACAGAAGGACAACUUUUGGAAAGCAGAGUGUGGGAAAGCACGUACCAGGGACAUCAGAAAGAAAAGCCAGUUUUUUUGGCAGAAGGACUAGUGGCCCUGGGAGCUUACGGAACAGCCAAUAUGGUGCUUUUGGAACUACAGAGAAAAUCAAAGAGCCUAGACCACUUCAUGACAAAACAUUUAUUCAACAAUGUAUCCGUCAACUUUCUGAUUUUCUUACAACAUAUGGAUAUGGUCCUAUAGUCACUGUGAAAUCACUCCAAACUCCUUCUGUUAAGGACUUUGUGAAAAUUUUCAGCUUUAUUUAUGAACAGUUUUGCCCUUCAUAUGACCUUUCGGGUUCCAAAUUUGAAGAAGAAAUCCCAAGAAUAUUCAAAGACCUUGGUUAUCCAUUUGCUUUGUCGAAAAGCUCUAUGUAUACAGUGGGUGCUCCUCAUAUGUGGCCUCAGAUUGUAGCAGCUCUGGUCUGGCUGAUAGAUUGUUACAAGUUGUUUACUUAUAUGAAAGAAAAACCACAGUCAUUUGAUGAAGAACAGAUUUUGGGAGAGACUGUAGAUGGAAUUUUGCAUAACAAGCUUUUUCUGGACUACUCUAUAAAAUGUUAUGACCAUUUCAUGAAGGGUAGAGACAGUUUUGAAGAAUUUGAUGCUGAAAUAGAUUCCAAAUUAAAGGAUCUGUUUCAGGUACAUGAAAAUCAUUUAGCGGACUUAGAAGAAAAAGAAAAAAGGUUGAAGGAAGAGAUUGCCAAGCGUGAAAAGGAAAGAGAAAGUGAACCAGACCGUUUAGAGCAACUACGGAGCCUGAAAUCAUCUUUACAGGCAGAUGGCAAACAAUAUGAGGCUUAUAUAGCCAGUUUGGAAUCUCUCUCAAGCAGCCUCAUUCAAAAUAUAAAGAGUAUUACAGAGGAGCAAGAAGCUGCUGCCAUGGAAAUUGAAGCACUGAAACAGGAAAACUCACGUCUGGUGGUCAUUUGUGAUAAUCAAAAGUAUUCCACUGCAGAUAUUGAGAAACUGAAUUCUGAAAUAGAGGAGAUGAAACAGACAGUAAAUAAAUUAACCAAGGAAUUGGAAGUAGAGCAGCGGCAACUGUGGAAUGAGGAAUUAAAAUAUGCAAGAGGAAAAGAAGCAAUUGAAGCAGAUUUGACAGAAUACCAUAAAUUGGCUCGAAAAUUAAAACUAAUUCCUACAAGUGCAGAGAAUUCUGGUGAUCAUGAUUUUGAAAUUACAUUCAAUCCUGAUGCAGGGCCUAAUUGUCUGUUUAAGUACAGAACUCAGAUUCGUGCUCCCCUUCUGAAUCUCAUAAACAAGACAGAAGAAGAGAUUGCAAAUGCAACGAAGAGAAAAAUUGACUUAGAAGAUACCUUAGAACAGGUAAAUACAAUGGAAGCCGAACAAAACAGCAUUAUGAAAAUGUUAAGAGAAGAAACACAAAAACUGGAAGAUUUAUGUCAGCAAAAAGCAAAGGAAGUUGUUGAAGAAGAAGAAAAGAGUAAGAAGGAGCUGGAAUUGUUGGAGAAACAUAAAAGUUUGCUUUAUAAUGGUGUCAAUGAGGGUAUCAGUGAAGCCACGAAGGAACUGCAUGAAACCCGAUGCCGAUACCAAGUGGUUAUGCAAACAACUUCAGAAGAGAAAAGGAAAAUCGAUAAAAAUGUGCAGUAUCUUCUGGAACUAAUAUUUACUCAUCUUGAGACUGUUGAGAAAUACUUGACUGAACAGAAUAUAAAAAUUGACAGAGAAUUCAAUGAAUUUAUAUCUCAAGAUCCGCUGAUGAAUUUGAAAGAAAUCCUAGAUAAUUACAAAAAGAAGAUGAGUACCCUGUAUACUUCAGACACAUGAAAAUAUUAUCUGUAUAGUAUAGAAAUGCUCUAAAAUGUUUGCUUGUUAUGGCAGUGUUUUAUAAUGUUUGAAUCGUACCUUCUGUUCAUGUGAUCUUUGGAGGCUAUCUCUUUUAUUAUAAUAGUUCAGUUAUUAAAACCAAUAUUUACUUUUUGGAUGCAUAAAUACAUUAAGCCUUAAAACCUGA